AUGGAGCGCAGCAAUCCUCGUGCCCAAAAGUUACAAAGGACCUUCUAUGACAUCGCAGUCGGAAAGGUGGAACUCACGCCUUACAAUGCUUCACUUUUCUUGGAGGCAGUCACAAGUUUUCCGGAUCCUGCCGUCUGCGUCGACAAGCUAAUGGCCAACAAGUGCGGCCUCAGCGCCCUCCAACAGGCGAUGAGGUGCAGAUUGAAUACAGUAUUCUUCAACAAAGAGGCGGCCGACGUAUUGACCUAUUUCCAAGCUCCUGCCCUCAAGAACAUCAACUCGGGCCAAUAUCUGAACGACAUCGUGUACAAAAUCGCCUAUCCCCCAAUGUUUUGGGAUCCAUUCCGCCAGGCAUUCCUCGAAGGUGUCCUUGACGAUAAGGCGCAAAUCGCAGCAGGGUGGUUCUUACUCACUCUCUGUUGUCUUCCGAAUCCUUCCUCCGCUCCAUACCGCAAUCAUCAAGAAACACCCCAGGUGUUAGCAAAACUCUUAUCGUCUCCCUCUGCCCCAAUCAGAAAUAUUGGCCAAAAGCUCAAGCACGUCCUGGGAACCUGCAUGCCUGCAAGUGCGGCAGUGGCCACAGAUGGACCAGGACCAGGCGGGAGGCACGACAACGAUUUCGAAGAUUUCCGCGAGAUUUCCAUCCUCCCAACUGCAGACGAAAUAGCUUCCUCAGAAUCCCCAUUUUUGCGACAGUCCGACGUUCUGGAGGACCCGCAAACAGAGGGUGGACGGGUCGCUCUUCAUUAUGAUAACCAGUUUCGUCUUCUGAGAGAAGAUAUGCUGUACGAAAUGCGCGAAGAGCUGCAAAAAUUCUUUGGGAAAAAGAAGGGGUACCACCGAGGCGUGAAGAUUACUGAUCUUUUUGUAGAAGGGAUUGAUUGUGGAGAGGAAAGCAAACGCACAAAGUGGAGCUUGAGCCUGAAGUGUGCGGCUGAUAUUCCAGUACUCGAUAGGCAAGGUACCGUUGCCAGUCGCAAAGAAUUCCUAGACGACCACCGGAACUUCCUGAAACACCAGUCGGUAUCGUGUCUCCUGUCUGGUACGGAGAUUAUUGCAUUUCCCACCAUUAUCCGUGACCGGGAUCGACUAGCGAAAAUACCACCGGAAAUCGUCCUCCAGUUCGACCGUCCUGAAAGCGUUGGGAAGGCCCUAAUGAAACUGAAAACGGAUGCGAAUGUCAUGCUCAUUCAAAUUGAUACAGCGAUAUUCUCCUUUGAACCAGUUCUCAGGCGCUUGCAGGCUGCCAAUACUCUACCUUUGUCAUCUGAACUCCUUCUCUGGAAACGAGGUAUCCCGGUUUCCAAGACCUCCUGUCAAGCAAUGACGAUUGUCGAUGCUCUUCACCGUGAUCCUAAUUAUGACCUUCAGAAUCUAUUGGGCACCCCGAAGAGCAUCAAACUAGAUGCCUCUCAAGCAGCAGCUCUAGUGACGGGGUUGACGCAGGAAGUAUCUUUACUUCAAGGACCCCCCGGAACUGGCAAAUCUUUCAUUGGUGCUCUGCUCGCGAAAGCAUUAUACAGACACACUCCACAAACAAUCCUUGUCGUUUGCUAUACGAACCAUGCUCUGGAUGACAUCUUGACACACCUGCUCAAUAUUGGCAUCCCAGAAGAGGAUAUGCUACGUCUUGGCGGAAAGUCGACAACUGUCACGGAACCUCUUACUAAGCAAAAUCAAAAGCGCAUUGGAUCUAGAAGCCGUGACCAAUGGAUGAUCAUUGAUUCCUUGAAAUACACGUCCGAGCAACUCUGCAAUCAACUUGAUAAAGCUUUCAAGAAGUACAACGCCCCUCGUAUCCACUAUCGCGAUAUCCUCGUCCAUCUGGAAUUUGAGAGUCCUGCCUACUUUGCUGCGUUUUCUGUCCCAGAUCCUGAGGAUGGUAUGACAAUGGUUGAUCGAACUGGUCGGGAAAUAAAACCCUACUAUCUCAUCGAUCGCUGGAGGAAGAAUCAGGAUGCUGGCGUCUUCUCUGGCAACACCGCAGAUCCAGAAAUUCAACAGGUCUGGAGAACACCAGCACAGCAACGCAGGGCCAUGUGGCGAAAUUGGGAGGAGGCCAUUUUGCAAGAGUCAAUCGUCGAGUUUUCCACCAUUGCUAGUGAAUACGAUGAAAACCAAGAAAGAUUGUCUCGAGCGCUGAGUACUGAUUUGGUACAGCUUCUCAAGUCCAAACGUGUUGUUGGCUGCACCACCACCGCUGCUGCAAAGUACUGUGACGACAUCUCUACUUUUAACCCUGAUGUUCUCCUUGUAGAAGAAGCGGGAGAAAUUCUGGAAAGCCAUGUUCUUACAUCUUUGGGGCCCGAAACCUCUCAAAUCAUCUUGAUAGGAGAUCACAAGCAAUUGCGACCCAAAGUCAACAAUUAUCUUCUGACUGUCGAAAGAGGAGAAGGCUACGAUCUCAAUCGGUCCCUUUUCGAGCGGCUUAUAUUGAAGGGUUAUCCGCAUGAAACUUUGGCCAAGCAGCAUAGAAUGCGACCUGAGAUCUCGUCGCUCAUCCGGACCUUGACUUACCCCGAGUUGCUUGAUGCAGACAGCACUAGAAAUCACCCCAGUGUUCUCGGUUUGCAGGAUAACAUCAUUUUCAUCCACCACGAGAAUCCCGAAGAUGAGAACACCAGCAUCUCCGACCGACGUGACGGCUCGUCCACAUCCUCGAAGCACAACAAGUUCGAAAUUGACAUGAUCCUCAAGAUCGUCAAGUACCUUGGUCAGCAAGGUUAUGGCACAGAAGACCUUGUAAUUCUUACGCCAUAUCUCGGACAACUUCAGAAGCUGCGUCUUGCAUUAAAGAAGGAUAACGACCCUAUCUUGAAUGACCUUGAUUCCUAUGAGCUCGUCAAAGCUGGUUUGGUCAACCCCGCCGAGGCAAAAUUGACGAAGAAACCAAUCCGGUUGGCGACCAUAGACAACUUCCAAGGGGAAGAGGCCGAUAUCGUAGUUGUUUCGUUGACUAGGAGCAACGACCGACACGAGAUUGGUUUCCUUUCUGCUCCCGAACGUCUCAACGUCCUUCUUUCUCGCAGUCGUAAUGGGCUUGUCAUGAUUGGAAACGCAACCACCUUCAAGAACGCUCGCAAAGGGAAAGAAUUGUGGACAAAACUUUUUGAUCAACUCGCCCAUGGUAAGCACAUCUACGACGGAGUUCCUGUUAGGUGUGAGCAGCACACCGACAAGACUGCUGUUCUCCGCCAACCUGAAGACUUCGAAUUGCUAUGUCCAGAUGGUGGUUGCAGUGCACCAUGCGGGGUUUUACUAUCUUGUGGAAUGCAUCCAUGCCCCUCUAAGUGCCAUCAACUUUCCGACCACUCAAAGAUGACCUGCGAGGAACUAAUCGUGUCUCUAUGCACAAACGGCCACAAGAAAUCCUCAACCUGCAGUAAAGGCAUCCUGCCAAGCUGUACCAAGUGCGACCGGGACGCAGAACUCGCGAAAAAAAGGUUGAAGGAGGAAAGUCUUGCAAAUGAACGACGAGAGGCAGAGCAAAGGGCUCAUCUCAAAAAGAUGGACGAACUAAAUGCUCGUAUCGAUGAAGCAAAGCGCUCCCAGGAAGAGGCACGCCUUGCGAAGGAGCGAGCCAGUGCCCUUCGUCAAAAAGAAGACGACCUAGAGGCCCUCCUCUUUGCUCACGACCCUCAACGUGCAGCUGCCAGCUCUACAAUCGCAGAACCUGUUGGAACCUCUUUGCAAAACUCGCAGCUGACAAGUGCUCAACCUUCGAGCCAAUCCUCUCUUCUUCCAACUCCUCAUAUCCCCGAUAAUGUGCAAUCGCAGCUCGAUGGUAGUGAUCAACCCAUCGCCAAUACAGCUGGUGUUCUGGAUGGCUCCGUGGCACCUCUUCCGACUGUCACGCAAGCCCAGCCCUCGACAAUACCCCCCAAGCCGUUCCCUCAAUUACCCCUGUCCGCUGCAAAAGAAGAGUGGGAACACCAGAAAAAUACACACGGCGUCACCAAUGCUGCGAUCGACUCCAUCAUGAAUAUGAUUGGGCUGGAGGACGUGAAACGGCAAAUCCUUGAAAUUUUGGCAAAGAUUGAGGCUUCAACGCGACAAGGUGCUUCCUUGAAGAAAGAACGGUUUAAUGUUGUAUUUUUGGGAAAUGCUGGCACCGGGAAAACAACAGUCGCCAGAUCAUAUGCACAGUUCUUAGCAUCCGUCAAGGCGACACCUGCAGAUACCUUUGAAGAGACAACUGGUUCGCGUCUGGCUCAUGAAGGUGUUGAUGGCACAAAGAAACUCCUGGAUGGUGUGAUUAAAUCUGGAGGUGGUACUAUCUUCAUCGAUGAGGCAUAUCAACUCGCGAGUGGCCAUAACUCUCAAGGUGCCGCUGUCCUUGAUUAUCUUCUUGCGGAGAUGGAGAAUAAUGUUGGGACUGUUGUAUUCAUCUUGGCUGGGUACAUCAAGGAGAUGGAGAAAUUCUUUGAGCACAAUCAGGGACUGAAGAGCCGUGUUCCGCUCAAGCUGCACUUUGCUGACUACAAGGAUGAAGAACUUAUGGCCAUCUUCCAGAGCAUCCUGACAAAAACUUUCCAAGGGAGGAUGAAAGUCGACGACGGGUUCCAAGGGAGGUAUGCUCGAAUUAUGAUUCGCCGUCUCGGCCGUCGCCGGGGCAGUCCAGGAUUUGGAAAUGCUCGAGAUCUCGAAACAGCAUUUGACCGAAUUCGAGGGAAUCAAGCAGCCCGCCUGGCAAAGAUACGAAAGCAAGGUGGAAGACCAGAUGACUUCUUCCUAUCAGCAGAGGAUCUUAUUGGCCCUGAUCCCUCGAAAGCCAUUCAGGAGAGCGGUGCCUGGAGAGAGCUCCACAGUCUCAUUGGCCUAAAGGCAGUCAAGGAAUCAGUAACAUCACUUUUCAACAUGAUCGAAGAGAACUACCGUCGGGAACUGGCAGAGAAGGAACCAUUGGCAGUAUCUCUCAACCGAGUCUUCUUUGGUUCACCUGGAACCGGAAAAACCACAGUUGCAAAGCUAUACGGACAAAUAUUGGCCAAUCUAGGCUUGCUGACGAGUGGAGAAGUUGUAUUGAAGAGCCCAUCUGACUUCAUUGGCAAUGUACUCGGGGCGUCUGAGUCACAGACAAAGGCAAUCCUGGCCAAUUGUGUUGGUAAGGUGCUGAUCAUCGACGAGGCAUAUAUGUUGUAUGGAGGAGGAGGCAAGGAUGGCUCUGGACUCAGCAACUCAAACCAAUUCAAAACUGCCGUCGUUGAUACAAUUGUAGCGGAGGUGCAGAACGUACCCGGAGAAGACCGCUGCGUUCUCUUGCUGGGGUAUAAGGAUCAGAUGUUGGAAAUGUUCCAGAAUGUGAACGAGGGUCUCAAAAGGCGGUUCGAUGUCGAAAACCCGUUUUCUUUUGAAGAUUUCGAUGAUGUGGAGCUUCUCAGGAUUCUCGAUCUGAAGUUAGGGAAGCAACAAGUCGGCGCCACCGACUACGCCAAAACGAUUGCCAUCGAGGUUCUCAGCAGAGCCCGAAACAGGCCACAUUUUGGAAAUGCCGGUGAAGUUGAAAAUUUGUUCACCCAGGCGAAGGUCCGGUGUGUUGCACGGCGAACGACACUGCCCAUCGCGGAGAGAGAAGAGGACAUCAUCUUCGAGCCUGAGGAUUUUGAUCCAGAUUACAACCGCGGAGCUAACGCUUCUCUCAAUCUCUCUCAGCUGUUUGAAGACGUUAUUGGCUAUGCCGAUAUUGUCGAGAGACUGGCCAACUAUCAGGAAGUAGCCAGGACGUGCAAGGAAAGAAAACUGAAUGCACGAGAACAUAUCCCUACAAAUUUUGUAUUCACAGGACCACCGGGUACAGGAAAGACAACUGUUGCGCGGAAGAUGGGCCAGGUGUUCUACGAUAUGGGUAUCCUGGCAUCUGCAGAAGUCAUUGAAUGCUCGGCCUCGGAUCUCGUCGGUCAAUACAUUGGUCAGACUGGCCCAAAGACCAAGAAACUGUUCGAGAAGGCACUAGGAAAGGUUCUCUUUAUCGACGAAGCAUAUCGCCUGAGCGGUGGUCAUUUCGCGCAAGAAGCAAUCGACGAAUUGGUUGGCCUGCUCACAAAUCCGAUCUAUAAGUCAAGACUGAUUGUCAUUCUUGCUGGCUACGAGAAAGACAUGAACUACCUGAUGCAAGUGAACAGCGGUCUUUCAAGUCGAUUCCCGGACCAAAUAUUUUUCCAUGACAUGGAUGCAGACCAUUGUCUACAAGUCGUCGCAAAAGAGCUGGAGAAAAAGAGCGUCAAGGUUGACGGCCUGGAUGAUCCGUUGUCAGUGUUCUGCCGAGACAUGAAGGAGAUGAUUAGCGACUUGUCGGAACUCAAGGACUGGGGCAAUGCAAGGGAUAUGAUGACACUCUCAAGGGAGAUCAUCAGUCUCGCUCUUCGGAAAAGCGGUAAUUUGGGUGCGGCCCUUGAACUUUCGCAGAGCGAUGCGUUGGACGCAUUAAGGAAGAUCCUGGAUGAUAGGCGACGACGAACCAAGAAUCCCACCAAAGCCCGUGAUGGACCUACUGGACUACCAGUACAGGGCCAGGCACCUGAUCCCCCAACCCCUCCUCCAAUAGAUACUGCAACCGGCGCUGACACAAAUAACCAGCCACCACCUUCAUCUGCAUCACAGCCUGAGUCCAGGGCAUCUACCCCCAACUCUCAACACAGCCGGGGUCGUGGUCGUGGUCGUGGAGUUGCUCGAGGCAAUGUGCGAGGUAGGGUCGACACCUCUCGAGGCCGCGGCCGUGGUGCUGCCAGUGCUCCACCACCGAGCAGCGUCACACAAACUGCAGAGCAGGAUCCUACUGAACGAGACCCUGGUGUUACUGAUGCGAUUUGGCGCCAGCUGACCGCGGCGAAACGAGCUGCUGACUCCGCUGGACGAAUUGCUAAAACAGCCAUCGAUGGUCUUAAACGGAGCAUGAACGCUGCCCGGAGUCGCGAAGAAAAGGAGGAAAAGUCAUUUGCCGAUCUGGAGGAGGCUGAAGCUGACGAGAGGGACCUUGCACGACGAUCCGAGCUCCAACGUCAACGGGAAGAAGCGCGUUUGAAAGCGCACGCUGCACGCGUAGAAAGAGAAAAGGCGGCUGAAGAACUUCGAAAGAGGCGCGAGGCAGAGCAACAACGGAAGGAGCAGGAGCAGAAGGCGCAACGCAAGCUGAGAGAGAUGGGAGUCUGUCCGGCAGGCUUUCGGUGGAUUAGAAUGGGAACAUACUAUCGCUGUGCUGGUGGAUCGCAUACGGUGUCGCUUGAACAGUUAGGAUUGUAG